ACCGGGAGUUGGUGUAGGGGUUCAGGGUUUUUCAAAUUAAACAACCGUCUCCAAAGCAAUGACAUUCUUGCUGUCAGACGCAGCCCCUAGAAUCCCAAAACUGUGUGUGCGCUUGUGUGUUCGACAUCCUUCAUUGCGAAGUUCCUUUCCAUCACAAAGGCACAGUUGAUUCAUUUUGUAGGCGUCCCUGCAAACCAUUCAAAAGUAGCCAAGUUUUCCUGCUUUCCAUGUUCAAAGCUAAUCCUGUUUGUAUGGGCGAUGAGCGCGACAGUAGACCCAGCGCCAGUUGUGAAAACGGAAACUCCACUUUUCUACAACUGUAAUUACCCUGCAACCCUCCUGAAUCUAGACACCUAUCAAAACGUAAAGUCUAGAUCAAAGUGGAACGAGAGUCCCGAAGCAAGACAACGCCGGUUGGCACGGAACGCGGAAAGGAUGCGUGAGAAACGAUCAAAGGAGUCAGAUGAAGAAUACAGAGCGCGAUUGGCCCGGAAUGCGGAAGCGAACCGUAUUCGGAGACAAAAUGAAUCGGACAUGGAGAGAACGUUGCGACUAAUGAAAAAUGCUGCGCGCCAAAGGUUGAGGCGUGCUAAUGAGAGUGGCGAGGACCGGGCAAAACGCCUGGCCAAAAGCGCGGAACGAAUGCGGAUGGUGCGAGCCAGUGCACCAAAAGUGGAAAAACCAAAUUUGGCCGACAGGCUGAAAGGAUACUAGAUAAGGUGGAGAAGGAAGUUGAAGUUAGUUUUUAUUAAGGGUAGUGUAUUUAUUAAUUGUAAGUGUCGCCUUGGGAGGAAGAUUAAUUUUGUGUGUACUAUUUUCUUCUUAAUUGAACCACGACUGCGUGGGUAACAAUAAAGAGUCGUAUGUUACGUUCA